CAAUAACAGUUGGGCGCGAGUUGAGGACGUGUUUACGCUAGGUUGGGCUACAGGCUAUUUGACGACGCAGCCUCACCUGAUAAUCAGAGCGUAUAUAUAGCCUUCGGCUGCAGCAUCGGCCCGUGUCAACCCAUCUUAGUCUUGUUUUCUUGCACCAUUACAUCUAAGCAAUGAGGGCCAUCGUACCGCGGACGCCACUGCCUAGUAAGCCCGCCUUUCUGCCAGUUCGUGCGCAGCAAAAGAGAUUUGCUCCACGAUCCAGAUCAGGCUGCUUAGCCUGUCGACGUCGCAGGGUAAAGUGCCGUGAACAGCGACCGGCCUGUCAGCGCUGUGUUGCGUCGGGCGUGGUCUGUGAAUAUCCCGGCGUUAAGGGCAUUACACACCAACCUUCGGUGUACAUAUUCCCCCACGGUCUACCUGUUAGCGACACCGAGAUCAACCUGUUUGGCAGCUUCCACAACGACAUUGUCAAAAUUGUCAGCGGUCCCUUUAACCAGAUUUUUUGGCAGGUCGAUGUUCCAACCGCUGCGCAGGCCUACCCAUCGCUAUGGUACGCCGCGAUAUCCCUGACGGCAAUCCACCAGAGCGUGCGUGUUCGCUCGCCGUCAAACAGCCACUAUAUGCUAGCGCUGACAUACUUUAAUAAGUCGUUGCGAUGCCUAGCGCAGGUGCUAGCGGAGCGUCAAGGAAACCUGCAGUACAUGGACAAGGAGAUGGUCAUUAUGACAAACAUCAUCUAUAUUGGCAUCUGCAGCAUGCUCAAAGACAGCCCGCAGAGCGUCCUACAUGCGCAAAACCUCGCCAAUCUACUGGAGAAGCUGCGGUUCGGCGAGGAAAGCCCCAGCGACCGCCGAGGUAUCCUGCGCUACGACGACCUGCUGUCGGUCGUCCUCGCCAUAGACGGGAGCACCGAUAUCACAGAGGGUUUUCAACAUCGCUGGGAACGCGAAUGGGUUGUUGCGCUGCCCAAGUACGCGGCAUUCUCGUCCGUAACAGAAGCCUACAUUGGAAUGCUGCCAUAUAUGCAUUCGGGGAUCAACGAUCAGGCUAUAGCGCAAAAUAAUCCCAAGGCACUAAAACAGCAAAUCAAAACGUAUGCGGCCAAGCUUGAUGAAUUCCAAUACGGACGACGGUUUAACAACAGCAACGAUUGGAAAUCGCUUCAGACUAUCCGACUGCACUUGAGUUUCCUAAACCUCCGCGCGGAGAAAAGAGUUGAACACGGUACAGCUGAAUAUGCUCUGCUAGAGCGCAAGACCAACGCGCUGCUUGAUGAGAUUGAUCAAGUCCUGUCCUCAAAUAUAGUAUCCUCGCCGUACAUGGGGCAUGAAGGUAUUCCUGCGUUUUCCUUCUCGCCGGCUCUGGGAUGCCUGUUGGAAACCAUUUUCGAUCGGACCUUUAUCGUUUCGAUUCGUCGUCGCGUCAUCAGCAUGAUAAAAAAGUGGCCGUACAGAGAGGGCGGCAUCAGUAGCGGUCAGAGCGCUGCCAUGUUUGACGCAGUAAUGCAACAUGAGCUUCGAGGGUCUCCCCCAGUGCAGGAUUGUACAUGCAUUCCCCAUGUUUACGUCUGUCGCCAACACACGUACCGGUGGUACUGUAUACGGAAUACCAGAGCUGGGCAAGUCCUAAUGCUAAAGAACGCGUUUGAAAGGGACCAUGAGUUACCUAGUACUAGUUAUAUUCUAGAAUAUGAAUUCUAGUUAUCUUCUGGAUUUACUAGCACUGGUUAAAUGGAUAUUACAUUUCAGUCGAAUGAUUGUGUAUUACGAAUGGCGGCUCAGUCCAAGCAAGCCGUCUAUGACUAUACCUCAUCGCCCUGUGGAAACGUGGGUUCUUUGAUAAUCUUAUUACAUGUAUAGCAAGUUGGGGUUGUUUCCCCGCAGCUGAACCUUGGCCCAACUUAAUGCAUUCUAGGUUCACUGUGGUAGUUGAUAAAUUCUAGCCAUUACUAUUGGUGUCCGCCUGAUGCGGACAUUUGCGGAGUUAUCUAAGUUACUGUAAGAUCGUAGCUCGGCCACCAUCCG